AUGGAGGACAGGGAGGACACUCAGUACGUGGAGGACGCGCAGGGAACGAGGUCAGGUGAGCAUGGGAGGCAGAGCAAGGAGCGCUGUUGUUCCUGGUGCGAACCCAGCAUCGAGGGCAUCAGGCCAUUCUGGACAGGUUUUGAUUGCACUCAGCAACCGAUCAUUUUAAUAAACCGAACCAUGGCACCCACCGCACCUUUCAACCCGCCCGCUGCUGACCUGCCUGGCAAGGCAUUCGUGCCAGCAUGGAACCCUCCUCCGAUCACUCAAGAAAAGCAUGAUUUUGCCGAGCUGAAGUCAAUCGACUUGUCUUUGCUUGACUCGGACGACCCAGCAGUUGUCAACAGACUAGUGGACCAGGUCAAGACAGCCAUUCGUGAGGAUGGUUUCCUGUUCCUUGAAAAUUAUGGAAUUUCUAUUGAGCAGCUCCACCGCCAGUUUGCCCUGGCUCAGUAUCUGUACAACAAUAUCACCGAAGAAGACAAGGAGAACCUCCUAUUCGACCCCGAUACUGGACGAUGGUCCGGCUACAAGCAUCCAUAUGGUUUCAAGCGUCAUCGAGCAGUCCCCGAUGGAAUUGAGCAGUUCAACUGGUACAACCGCGAAUGGCAAGACAUUAACCGCAUUCCUAAGUGUCUGCACCCCUUCAUGGACGAGAUCGAGGCCUUCUGCAACUACUUGACAAAGUCCGUCAACCGCCGAAUCCUCACACUUUUCUCUCGCGUCCUAGAGCUGCCUGACGACUACCUCUGGGACAACGUCCAGUCCCACGGCAGCCCAACUGGCGAAGGCUACUUCCGUCAUGCACUCUUCCGCCCUGUGGAGCAGUCAACCCGCGAGAAGUCCAAAGGGCUUCGAAUGCACGGCCACACCGACUUCGGACUGACAACCCUGCUAUUCUCUGUGCCUAUCUCAUGUCUGCAGAUCUGGGGAAAGGACGAGAAAUGGUACUACGUGCCCUACAAGCCUGGUGCGCUUGUCAUCAACAUCGGUGACACACUGGAGAUUGUCUCGGGAGGACACUUCAAGGCCACUCGCCACCGAGUCUUCACACCACCGGCUGAUCAGCUGAACUCAGAGCGCCUUUCUCUAGUGCUCUUCAACAGCUCCGUUGGUGAUCUGCGCAUGGCGCCUGCAGCUUCUUCACCCCUCAUCCAACGAGAAGGCUGUGUCGAGGAACAAGGUGUUUAUAAGGAAUUCAAGAGGCUCACUGAGCAAGGACAACUUGUGCCCACAAACAGCCAGUGGCGCGAGAUUCAGAUUGCCACAGCCACAGAUCCAACGGAUACAGAGCGCAACCGCGUCGGCGCUGACCAAGUUGUCGUCGACGGCAAGCUCAUGAUGCAACGAGAAUACAUGGGUGUUAAGGUUGUCUUGCCGGUGUAG